GCGCGCCCGGCUUCCGUCGUCGGUCACGUGAUGGCAUCUCAUAUUUCUCCCCGGUGGGUUUAGCAGUGCAGCUCGAAAAACUACCGUUUGUUUUAUCUGUAGAGUUGCCUUAAACUAUCAGCAUGGAGAUCGGAGCAGAAAUCAGCAAGAAAAUACGCGCUGCUAUUAAAAGUAAGCUCCAGGAACUUGGUGCAUAUAUUGAUGAAGAGCUGCCUGACUACAUUAUGGUGAUGGUGGCAAACAAGAAGACUUCCCAGCAGAUGGCUGAUGAUCUGUCCCUUUUUCUUGGAAACAACACCAUCAAGUUCACAGCCUGGCUCCAUGGUGUCCUGGAAAAAUUAAGAUCUGUUGCUGUUGAGCCUGCGUCCUCAAAACAUCAGCUCCAGUCCGAUAGCAGUACUGUGGGUGGGAAAAGUCGAUCAUUAGUGACUGAAGACAGCAGGACAGAAGAGGCAAAGGUUUUGACAGUAUCCAGCUCUGGCUUUGAUAGGGCUGAAGCCCGUGUGUCUAGUUCUGCUUAUGAUGCCAGGAGGAGAACCUUGGAGAACAAUUCUUCUCGACUUACCUCUACUGUUAAACCCCUUAUGGAGCCAUUCCCCUCAGAGGCUGUCAUCGACAUCAAACCAGAAUUGGACGAUGACCUCAUUGCUGAGGAUCAUUUAGAAGUAAACGCCAAUCACAGUCGUGCACGGAACAGACCCACAGCUGAAAUCUACAGACCGGGUCAGAGCAAAUUUACAUCAGCUAGCUUGGUGGACGUAGGUCGAACCACAGCAGAAUCCUCCCACACCAGGCAACAGGACAACAGAAGCAGCAGACUAUCCAGAACCGGGUCCAGUAAGCAGGAGGAGUUGUCACGUAAGCGUAAGGCGCCAGUAGCGAGUUCCGUUGUGAGAGUGAACCGAGCCUCGGAUGAAGACAGCGAUGAUGUGGAAGGGGAGGACUCAAACUAUGGAGGCAGAGGCCUAUCCAGUAGAGUGUCCCUGCCCUCCAGACCAGAACGCAAACCUAGCCUCCCUCCAGCCAAACAAGCCAACAGGAACCUGAUACUGAAGGCCAUCUCUGAGGCACAAGACUCGAUCACUAAGACUACAGCCUAUCCCACAAUGCCACUGCGGCAGACGGUUCCUGUCGCACCCUGUACGAGGUUAAGUAGCAGCGAGGAGAUGACGGCGGCAAUCCAGCUGGUCCAGGAGCACCUCCACAGCCUGCAUUCUGCUGAACUGCCUCCUUCAAGAGCUGCUCCCAGCCCCAGAUCUUUAGCCUCACGGCUCCAGUUGGACUAUGCAGAAAGCAGAGAGGAAAGAGAGCAAAGUGAACUUGCUCUGGCUGCUGAGGGCAGUGGAGGCAGUGACACCAAGGCAUUCGAUACCCGCUCCUUCAUAAUGAGCCGGCCUCAGCUAGAAGAAGCUUACACCAGAGCUCCGCAGCGUCUUCAGGUCAAAGGGGAAAUCCAGGCUGCUGUACCACGCACUGUCCAGAGCAGUAAGGAGAAAGUUGACUAUGCCAGCCCCAAGUUCAUAGUGACAUUAGAUGGGGUACCGAGCCCACUGGGGAACCUUGCAGACUGUGAAAUGGAGCUUGACGAUGUGAGACCACCCACAAAGGGGACUGACGCGAGUGUCGGCCUCAACAAGGCGCCUAAAGUGGGCGUUCUCCACAGGCUACAAGGAGUGGUUACAUCAUCUGAAGAGAACGCAAUGGACGUUGACGUGGAGGAUGAGGAUGCUGCGCCCAUGAAGAAGCAGAAGGGCACAGAGCGCUGCAAGUUCUGGCCUGUCUGUAAAAGUGGAGAUGCAUGUCUGUACCAUCACCCUACAUCUAAGUGCAAGACUUUUCCCAACUGCAAGUUUGGGGAUAAAUGCCUUUUUAUCCAUCCUAACUGUAAAUAUGACGCCAGAUGUACCAAGCCAGACUGUCCCUUCACUCACGUCAACCGCAGAGGCACGGCUGCCCCUCCACCCAAACCAGCACCGCCGCUCGUCCAGACCACCAGCGUGUGCCGCUUUUUCCCGGAGUGCAAGAAGAUGGACUGUCCCUUUUACCAUCCCAAGCCGUGCCGCUUCGCCGCACUCUGCAAACGAGCUGGGUGCACCUUCUACCACCCGACGACAGCGUUGCCUCCGAGACACGCCCUGAAGUGGACCAAAACGCAGAGCAGCUAAUAACGUCCAGAAACUGAUGUUAAGCUAUGGGAGAAGUUCUGUAUCUCUUUGGAUUUUUCUUUAUACAUUUAACCGUUAUUUCAUUUCAUUUAGACUGAUUUUUAGGACAUAUCGUAUAUGAAAAAUGCUCACGCUUUUGCUGAUGCUCUCAUAAACAAUAAACUCAGUGAACUUGA